AUGGAAAUUGACAAAACAGACAGAACCAUUGAAGAAAAUAAAAAAGAACGACGAUUACUCAACAUUGAAGAUUAUCGUCGACGUGCCAAACAAAUCUUGCCACAGAUGGUUUAUGAUUUUUAUGGUACAGGCUCAGACGAUCAAAUUACAUUGGACGAUAACCAACUAGCUUAUCGUCGUAUCAAAUUACGUCCAAAAAUUUUUAUUGACGUGUCUUCUCAUGAACUAUCGACUUCAGUGAAUCGUCAUACGAAGCUUUUAAAUUCUUCUGUAACAAUUUCAUUUCCAUGUAUCAUUGCUCCAACAGCAUUACAUCGUUUAGCCAAUCGUGAACACGGUGAAUUGGCUACAGUUCGUGCAGCUGUCGCACAUUCAACGAUUAUGUGUGUUUCAACAGCUGCAUCAACUAGUAUGGAAUUAAUAGCUGAAGAACAUCAACGUCAUAUCAAAGAACAUUAUCCUCAGAGUCAUUCAGAACUUUGGUAUCAACUAUAUGUAUUUCCAGAUCGACGACGAACACAACAGUUAAUUCAACGAGCUGAACGUUGUGGCUACAAAGCAAUUGUAAUUACAGUUGAUAUGUGCGUAUUAGGUAAUGCAUAA